AGCAGAUUAAGCCAUACAUAAACUGCUGUUUAGUGAGUGAAGCAGGUGGUUAAUACUUGGUUUUUUAAUGCAAUAACUGCAAUAUGGGAGAAUCAGCUAGUACCGGCAGCGUUCGUGACCCUCUCACAGCAACAACUUUCUUUGCCUGCUUUAUUGUGGCGCUCUCUGCGUGGUUCACAGGAGGCUACAGUUCAGCGCAGAUCAACGUUCCACAGAACCUGAUCAUCCAAUGGAUUCGCCAGGUCCAGUGCGCACGCAUAACGGAUGAUUUAGCGCCCACCACUUCCAGUCUGAACGGUACGCACAGAGAUGCAGUUUUGUGGUGCUCCGAUGUCCCCGAAAACGAAACAUCCCUGCACCUGCGAGGUAGCGGACGUUUGGGGGCCAUCUGGAGCAUGAUCGGAUGUGGGGUCAUGUUGGGCGUAUCGGUGGGAUUAUUGGUGACGAAUCAUUUGGUGGAGUGGUUAGGAUUCCGGAAGGCGCUUCUGGUGUUCAACGCGUUGGAAUUAAUAGGAAGCAUCGCCGCAGGCUGUAGCGUAAUUGCCAGAUCGUACGAACUGUUUAUCAUUGGACGAGUCAUCUUUGGAGUGGGAAACGCUUGCGUGGUGGUUUGCGGCGUAUACGUAGCGGAAAUCAGCACGAACAACCAUCGGGGCGCGUUGAAUGUUCUUGGAACAGUAUCGCUCAGUGCAGGAAUACUGUUGGCGAAUGUUAUUGGACUACCGCAACUGCUCGGCACUCACGAUAAUUGGCAUCAUAUGUAUUGGAUCUGCCUCUUGCCCAACCUAAUUUUCAUCGCUUCAUACCAUUUCCUGCCAGAAAGUCCUCGUUGGCUGUGCAGGAAAGUACGCGACACCGGCAAAUUGGAAACCGUACUGCGGCGUCUGCGAGGCCGGCAGAAUGUGGACGCCGACAUCUGCGUCCUACAAAACGAAGUGGAGUCAGCCCAGAAAUUACGCAGUCAGAAGCUGUCGAUUCUUGAUCUUUUUCGUGAUGGGUUCUUGCGGAAAAUCUUGGGUAUAUGCUUGCUAACUAUGGCGGCGCAGCGCUUAACCGGCUAUUCGGUGGUGUUAGUUUAUUCAACGGAAAUGCUACGCCAGUGCGGAAUUACUCAGGCAUUAGCAUCCUAUGGAACCAUCAUUUUGACGGCGCUGUCAGCCGUGGUGGCCCUUCUUAGUUCGCCGUUGCAGGACCUUGUGGGACGCCGACCGAUGCUGUUAGGUGGCCUUUUCGGUUGUGCACUGUCUACCGCGGCCAUGGUGGUUUUCACGGUGUUGACGAAAUAUGCGGUGUGCUCCACGUGUCAGUACGGCAACCUGGUGGCCAUGGCUUUCUUCGUGGUGUGCUAUGCGAUGGGACCGGCCAGUGCACCGUUUCUCAUUACGGCGGAGAUGUUCGGUAUGACCUCCAGACAAUCAGCUUCCGCGUUCGGGUUUCUCGGCAGUGUAUCGUUAGCUACGGUAAUUACUGCGGUGUUCCCCACUAUGCAGGCGUAUUUUAUGGAAUGGACGUUCACGAUCUUUGCCGGUAUUACAGUCAUUCUGGCCAUAUUUCUGUCGGUUUUGCUGGUAGAAACAAAAGGAAAAUCGUUUUUGGAAACACAGAAAACAUUAGAGGAUCGAUUUUGUGCGGGAAGAAAAGAGCCACGAGAACCUAUAACUCCCCAGGGAAAGGACCUUGAAAAACAGUGCAAAACACUUGAAAACACUUGACCCCAGGGUGCUAAUAUCUAACAAUCUACACGUUCGCCCGAACAGUGGUUAUUGUUCCCUACUAAGUAUUAGUACAGGACAUACAAAACAUACUGUAUACUACUGCGCACUUGUAUUAGUUGUAUACACAUUCAUAGGAGUAGUACUGGGUAAGCAUGCCUUCUGAGAAAGUGUUAUUGUACUACGGUGGUAUUGCUGACUACUAUUGCACCUGUACUCAGCCUACUGCGGCAGCUUCAAAGAUUGUGGCAUGGUUUCUUGUAACAGUGUUUGCAUGUGGCAUAGUUUCUUCUUAAUGAUUGUUACUAUAUGUAGUAUGUACUGAUCUAUACACUGUUUAAAUCGUGAUGCGUUGAUGCUAAAGGUCAAGUGGAAGUGCUAUCAAUUGUUUUUGACUUUGUUCCAGUACCAAGUUGUCUGGUAUAAUAGUGGUUAUCAACAUAGAAAAAUAUUAAACAUAAACAU